CCGCCGCGCGGCCGGUCGCCGCCGCGCGGCCGCUCGCCGCGCCGCGGUCCCUCUCGCUCGCCGACGCGCGGCAAGAUCGGCGACGGAACGGGCGAGCGCGUCACGGGCACGGCCUGCCGCUGGAACGAUAGGGGGUUUGGCUUCAUCAAGCCGGCGCGUUUUACCGCGUCCUGUAUUCAAAGGGGGUGUAGCUCAGUGGCAGAGCGUCCGCUUUGCAUGCGGAAAGCCCAGGGUUCAAACCCCUGCUCCUCCACCAACACACACCUAACUCCGUGGCGCAAUGGAUAGCGUAUCAGACUUCGAAUCUGGGGGUUGCGGGUUCGAGUCCCGUCGGAGUUGAGUCGCCUCCAUCCUCGUGGCGCAACGGAUAGCGCAUCGGACUUCUAAUCCGGGGGUUGCGGGUUCGAAUCCCGCCGAGGAUAGGCGCUCGCACACACAUUCACCUGAUAUGGACUGGAAAAUCAUCUGAAGGUCGCGGGUUCGACUCCCGCAUCGGUCUCACCGCGGUACCUGGACUUUGUUGCAAGAUAGUGUGGCCGAGUGGUUAAGGCGGUAGACUUGAAAUCUACUCCCGUAAGGGUCGCAGGAUCGAUUCUCUGACCGAGAUCGAUGCGCGUUCGAACCCUGUCACUAUCGCGCACGUUGAUGAUGUGGCCGAGUGGUCUAAGCUCGCAAGAGCGACCCUAGGCGCUGGUUUUAGGCACCAGUCUUCGGGCGUGGGUUCGAACCCCACCAUCAUCACGAGUCCUCGGACCGUUCACUUUGUAUCCGUGGCCGAGUUGGUCUAAGGCGUUGGAUUUAAGCCCCAAUCUCUUCGGAGGCGUGGGUUCGAACCCCACCGGAUGCAUACACGUGAACAUUGACCGAUUGGCGCAACGGUAGCGCGUCAGAUUCCAGUCCUGAAGGUUACGUGUUCGAAUCACGUAUCGGUCACGCGAGCAAAAACUUGACGCGUCAUUCCCCCACCGCAGCCCGACGGCGGCGAGGACCUCUUCUGCCACGUGUCGGCCAUCAUGGACGGCAACGCCCUGCGCGAAGGGGACACCGUGCAGUUCGUGCAAGUGUUCGACGAAAAACGCGGAAAAAUGCGCGCCGAGGACAUCACCGGCGGCAUCACGACCGACGGGUACAACGCGCCUCGGGCGCGCUUCGACGACCAGGUGUGCUUCGACUUCAUGAAAGGAAGGUGCGGUAUACGGCGUCUCUACUCAUGAAGCGCUCUCGUGGCCUAAUGGACAAGGCGUCGCCCUCCUAAGGCGAAGAUUGCGGGUUCGAGUCCCGCCGGGAGCCCCUUCAAACUAUCUGAGAAGCUUUCGUGGCCUAAUGGACAAGGCGUCUCCCUCCUAAGGAGAAGAUUGCGGGUUCGAGUCCCGCCGAGAGCCGUCGUCGACCCGGGAGCCGCGUCGUUCUGGGAGGAGGGAACGUCACCGCGCAUCCAUCGCAGGUGCACGCGCGGCGCGUCCUGCCGCUACAGCCACGACCCGAACGCGUCGGGCUGGGACCCGAACUUUGGGCGCCGCGGCCGCUCGCCGUCGCCGCGGCGGCGCUACGACUCGCGGGACCGCUACGACGACCGGCGGAGGUCGCCGCCGAGACGGUGUGCUGCGGUGUCUGUACUCAUAGCUCUCGUGGCCUAAUGGACAAGGCGUCGCCCUCCUAAGGCGAAGAUUGUGGGUUCGAGUCCCACCGGGAGCCACGAAACUCACGCUCCGCACACAGGCGCUCGCCGCCGCGCUACGACUCGCGCGACCGCGACUACCGCCGCGACGACCGCUACGACCGGCGGCGGUCGCCGCCGCGCGACCGGCGGGACGACUACGACCGCCGGGACCGCUACGACGACCGGCGGCGGUCGCCGCCGCGCGACGACUACCAGGACCGGCGGCGCUCGCCGCCCCGGGGCCGGUCGCCGCCGCGGGACCGGUCUCCGCCGCGCGACGACUACCGGGACCGGCGGCGCGAGUACGACGACCGCCGCUGAAUGAAUUUUGGAAUAUUGUCCGCCUAAGUUAAGGACGCCUAUA